AUAUGGAUACAUUGCUUCCCUGUCUUUCCCCAACAUGCAAUGUGCUUGGGAUAAAUGAAAUAACAUCCUUUGGCCAAGCACUGUUGUCAGCAAAGCAGAUUCAGAUACCAUCAAAUAUAUGGAGCUGUUCUUCUUGUAGCAAGGGACCCAAAGCCAAGGUGACCUGCCUGAGCUGCAGGGAUUGAAACAGGGCAUGGGGUUCAGGAGGUAUUUCACCUGGUUCAUCUGGAGUGCUCAAAGCCCUUCCCAAGAAUUCAUAGACUUCUAAGGCAAGAUUAAGCCAUUAGAUCAUGGUUCCCACAUAACACAGGUCAGAGGGGUCUAUCCAGUUACUCCUGCACUGAGCCCAGUAACGUGUGUUCAACUAAAGCAUGUUUUCCUGAAAGGCACUAUAUUAUUAUCCACAUUUUAAUGACAGGAAAACUGAGCCACAGAGCAGGGGAGUGAAUUUGUGUUGGAAGCUGCUGAGCUCCAAGAAUCCUCACAAUGUUGUCCCUCAUGUUCUCCUCACUUCCUAUCAACCACUACCUUUCGCUUUCCGUCAGGCAAGCCGAGACCAUCUUAUCACUCCAGCCAUGUCCUGACUCCCCAGCCGGUUUCCUCUGCUAGCACUAUGCUCUGCCUGUCACUGAUAGGGACAGCACAUCCAGCAGGAAGAGGACUAUCUCCUCUUCACUGCUCCUUUUCCACUCAUUUUUUCCUCUCCUGUCAUUUCUUAACUCACUGGUCUCCUUUCCCCCAUUACCAUCACCGUCUUCCCCUCUCUCCUUACUUCACUCAUUGUAACCAGUGGCUGUGCAGGAAGGCACAAGUGAUCCUUACUGACCUCAGGUGCUUUAGAAUUCAGUCUUCCAGGCCAGGAAGUAGCUGUGGGCUUGCAAAGCACAGCAGCCUCUUCCCUCUGGACUCAUUAUUAGAUGGCACGGAUGGGGGUGGGCUAGCAAGUCAGUCCCUCGCCUGUCCUGUUGCUACAGAGACAAGAAGAAAUGUGGCCAUGGACUGCAGCUCUCCUCAACAGGCCCUUGCAUUGUGCUUGUGCUUCUCCAGCACCUCUCCUGGCAGGAUGGCAAAGUGCCUCACAAACAAGAAAGCAAGCUUCAAGACAAGCCCCUGGCACGGCUGGCAUGUCAUUACCCCCAGUUAGGAUGGGACGGAGCAGACCGAGAGCACUGCCUGCCGCAGGAGCACUCAGAGGAAGAGAGGGGCGUCUAGGGAGAGGCAUGGGGGUCAGAUCGCGGCGCGGACGCUGUCUAGCACGCAGGGACUGAAUGAGCGUGGUGCUAGGACGCUGCUUCCCAUUGAAAAUCUUCGGCGAGCGCGGAGCGGCAGUGCGAUAAUCCGCAGCCGGAGAAGUGGGGCCGUAGGCUCCUCCCUGAGGCCGGGACUAACGGCUGUCUACUGGCCCCGCGCCCGGCAACCCGCCGCGGCCGCCCCGCAGCUCCGCACGGGGCCGGCAUUCACGUGCCCCUCGGCACCGGGCAUCCCUGAAGCUCAGCCCCCAACCGACGUCGGCCUCCCAUUGGCUGCUCCGCGGCAGCUGUUACUCCGGCGGCGGGCGGACCCCUUUGUGACGUCACAAUCAGCUGUUUGAACGUUCUAAAUUCUGAGCUGAGCUCAGCUGGGGGAGCAGCAAUAACAGGAAAAUAAGAACAGCAGCUCUGCAGGCCGGGGAGGUCCGGACCCAGCAGCUGUCGCCGCCCGCCCUGGCAAUGGUGCAUCUCUUCUGAGAAGAGCAGAGACCCCAGCAGCACCGCCGCCUCCCUCAUCCUUUUCUUGUCUCUUGGAUUUUUCGUUGACCCGGUCGCUUGUUGAUUUCAAUUAAACUACCUCACAGACUCUGCCUAAAGCCGGUGCUUUCAGAUACUUAAUCUUGUGGGCUUUCCUGUGGUUUUGUUGUUUACAAAACAACCGAUGACAUUAAAGGCAAGGCCUUUGCACUGAAGCCAAGUGAAGAACCUCAUGCUUGCACUAUACGUAUCUCAACUCAGCUAAGAUUUCACUAGGAAGGAAGUGAUUCCUGCCCAUCGGAAGGAUUUGUCCACCAAGACAAGACUCCUGAGCUUUACCGUCUUAGCCAACACCCGCCUGCAGCUUCCAUCUUUGUGUUCUGAGGCCAAGACACAGCACCAGCUUUCAUCUUUCUUCCCAUCAAAACUCGCUUUGGAAAUCAUUCCCCAGCCAUGUUCCAACGCCUCACCAGCCUCUUCUUCAGUGACAGCAACACCCCUGAGGGCCUUGAGGAACAAAAACUCUUUGUCUCUGAGGAGGAGGAAGAGGAUGGGUGGCUCAUUAUUGACCUUCCAGAUAGUUAUGCUUCAGCCUCAGGUGAAGAACAGCGGGUAGAAGGCCCUGCCCCUGUCAACAUGGAGAGCAACCCUAUGGAGGACCUCCUGAUUGAACACCCCAGCAUGUCCGUCUAUGUCACCAGCAACAGCAUCAUGGUGGAAAGGGAGAGCCCUGAUGAGCAGAUCAGUGAAGGGGAGGUGCCUGAACCCCGGUUGGAGCGCCACACUCCACAUCACACCACCUCCCUCACCAUGAAAGCCACCAUCUUGGAGAAGGUGAGCCAAGUCCGGCGGAUCCAGAGGGCAAAGCAACUGGCAGAGAAGCACAAGCUCAGUCAGAAGGUUAUGCAGCGGCAGAACCGCACCAGGGAGCGCCAUUCACGUCGGGCCAAACACCAGGGUAGUUUUGUCUACCAACCAUGCCAGCGCCAGUACAACUACUAAACUACUUCAGGAAGUCUACAUUGCGGGGCAUUAUCCCUUAACUCUCAGCUUCACUUCUUCCCUCAUAAUGCUUUUUCCAGCUGAAGAGGUCUUCAUCCUUUCUCUGAAAUAAACCUCUCCUCAGGAGAGAAUCCUCUCAAUUCUUCUGAACUAGCAAAGCUCAGCAGCAGAUCCUUAUUGGGCUAUCCUUGGGUUUCAUCCCUCUCCUUCCCCUUUAUCCUAGACUAAAUUUACUUAUCUAUUAUUUUCUUCCUUCUGUAGUUCCACACCUUUCCCUCCCCCGUGCUCCCCACUGUGGAUUUUGAGUAACCCAGGAUGUCACCCUAAUGUAACUUAAUAGGAUGGUGGAUCUACUUUUAAAUUUCAAAACAGAAUUUAAAAUUAGAGCUAAAUUUUAUGGAAUAACCUAUGUGUAAGCAGUUAUCCUUGGGAACUGAUUCCUGAUGGGUGGUGUUUCCCCAAUCCUUCACACCCUAUACGUGCAUAAGUUCUUCCAUCUGUUCUUGCAAUGGUUGUUAGCUCCACAUUUCACUAAACUUAUCACCAAUAUUAUUCUGAAUUCAUGGGAGGGCUAAAUUCUCUGUCAUUUACUUUGUCUCUUGCCAUCCUACUAAGGAGCCUGUGACACCAGUGCCUUUUUUUAUGACAUCAUACUCUUCUCCAUGGAAACAAACUGUGAUGUCACAAACUGAGAUAGCAGGUUCAAAUGCAAAUUGGAAUGACAAAGAUACACAAUUUGGCCUAAAAUACAGGAAAAGUAAUGGGAAAUAUUUCCCUCCCCACUCUCUCUCUUUCUCUCAAAAGAAAAGGAUGAUGUAAUUAACCCAGUAGAUGGGUUUGGGGUAUGAUUACUGAUCCUUAUCUGUGUGGUAUUAGCUAGGUUUCUGCUCCAAGGUGCCAGGCUGAAACAGAGGACACCCUGCCUGAACACCUUCAGAGGGAAUAUUUAAUACCUGAUGUUCAGAAGUGCUGAAUACCCUUAAUUCCAACUGAAGUUCAUGGGAGUUGUGGGCAUUCAGCCCUUCUGGAAAUCAAGCCAAUGUGAUAUAAUUGGAGGUGUUAAUCCUGCAUUUACUUUUUUUUUAAAAGAGUGCAAAGUCCAUGUUAGUGUUCUGAUGCUUUCUAUUUACUUUACCUUUUCUUACAAUACAUUUGUUCCACCCACUCCAAAGAGCUUGCUUAAUGGACAAAUGUUAAAACUCUAAGCAGAUUACCAGUGUUGAACCUGGUUAGGAGCUCAGGAGCUUGUAGAAGGACACAAAAAAACCCCAGCCUUGCAAUACCACCAGGAAAAUUCUUCACUGGCUUAGGCAACAAACAAUCUCCUUAUUCCCCGCCCCCCCCAAAAACCAAACAAAAACCCAAAACAAAACAAAAAAACUCUCAAAUGUCUUGCUUGCAAUGUUUCAUGAUGAUGAUUUACAAACAAAUCAUCCUGCAGAAAAGGAAAAUCUCACCACAGCCAGCAGGCUGAUUGGAAAUCUGUGUGGUGGAUUAUCCAAGUGAUUGCAAGCAGAAUGGAGGUUUUAAAUGGGAGAAAGAGAUUCCCUCCCUGCUUUAAAACUGAUUACUAUUUCCUUAACCUGUCUGUACCAUUGAAUUCCUAGUGAAAGGUGCUCUCUUUUCUUCACUGAUUUGGGUGACCUCAAGAGGCCAAUAAUCUGGAAAUGUCUAAAAAAUAGGUCUUGGUAGUGUCCUAAAAAUGAAACCUUUGGAAGCAAAACCACCAACUGGAAUUGUGUAAGCCCCAUCGCCCAGGGAACCAGGGGGAUAGCAAGAGGGGCCAAUCAUCACCAUGUGACUGUCUCACCACAAGGAAAGCCUCCAGGGAAUAGAGCAGAAGGAGAAAUUGGUAACUGUUCUGUGAGCAGGUAGGGGUCUCAAUCCCAACAUCCAACUUUCAGACAUCCACAGGGCAGCAGCAAGGCGGUACAGGACUCAUUAUGCUGAGCAAGGGUAUGUAAAUCAUGCUGUCAUCUCCCUUUGCAUCUUUCCUCUCCUCUCUAAUGGCUCCUCUGUGGCUUACUCAUCCUUCAGGCAGAAGGUGCCUCUGUCUUCCUCAGUGCACCUGUAAGGGCCAGAGGGACUCAUUGCAAAGACAUGAGGCACCAGAUAAUUCCAGGGAUAUUGGCAUUGUCUUUGUAGUAUUGCCAGCCUGCCAUUCAAAGCAAACACCUUUUUGGAUGGUGAAAGUCCUUCAACAAGCUCCUAAAUUAAGCAGUAAAACAUUACUGGUUACCAAAACCCUUAGUUCUCAGCAGGAAAAUUCUUCUUCACAAUGCUAUGACUGUGCCUGUCCAGCUGCCAUGUUAAAUUUGUGGAAUGACAGCAGAGAAAGGGGCUUGUUCAGUGCUCACACAGAUAGUAAAGUAUGUCGAAGCUGGCCAUGAAAUGAUGUGAAGUGAGAGAGGAAGUGAGAGAGAUUGGGAAAUGAAGAAAGGUGAAAGGAGAGAGUCUCAUUUGAGAAAAUAGGUUGGAAACAGGAGUGGUGGAGAAGGUGCAAGCCCGGGGCAAGAACUGUGUGUUGUAGAUCUUAAGUCUGCCUUCCUGGAAAGAGAUAUGGCAGGUCCUCUCUUCCAGUGUCACAGGCAGGGCUGACUUUCUGCAUUCUGAUAGUUUCUAGGUUGCUGUGGGAAAUACUGCUCCAAGAGUUCAAAUGGGCAGAAGUUCAUUUGUGUAGUCAGAAUAACAACAUGUGCCCUUUUUAUCUGAGUACUCUCUGAUGUGAAUAGCUCAGUUCAUUCCCAGUAUAACUUGGUUUUAAUACAGAUACACCAAAUAUGAAUUUAGCCCUGAGUAUGUUUAUCCUUGAAAAGCCACUGUCAAGGUAAAAAAAAUCAUACACUAAUAACACAUGGGCUAAGUAAAACUGUAAAUAUUUAGUGAAUUACUUUUCUCCUUUCAAGAUCAUGAUUUCCCAUAUAUUUUACUUCACUCACUCCUCUGGUGUGUCAUUUCCACACACAUUUGUACACUGCUUUUGUACAGUGUAGGUUCCAUCAUGCAAGGCAAGAGCAAAAUCCCCAAAUGAACUGCUUUCUUUGGAUUAUCUUUGAUAAAAUGUUAUUAAGAACCCUUCAUUUCAUAUUAGGUUUUUGGAAUCUUUUUUUUUAAUAAUAUUAAAUAUCGGGCCGAUACUAUCUUAGUGUCUGUUUAAAACUUUUAAUAAUUGAGCUCCUGAGCAUUUUAAUAAACAAACUUAGAAAGACCAGCUUCCAGGAGCCAUGAUGGACAAAUCUGCUAGCAUGGAGGUGGGCUAAUAUCACCUUGCUUGUAGCCUCUAGAUAUAAUGUAGGUGACAUGGGAGCCUGCCGCAAUGCAGGAUCAAAUAUUUUAUUUUAAAUAGUUUUUAAAGUUUCAAUUUUAAUUUAAUUUUUUAAUUGUAAAUAGUUGUUGAAUUUCAGCACAAUAUACUAUAGAUUUGAACCAGCCUUGAACUCUCCAACCAUUCUAAUUCAGGGCCUUUCAAAGUUUUGUGUGUAUCUGUACUAAGAUUGGGUGCUCAACUGUUACCAAUGAGCAGAAGGCUCUUCUGGGGGAUGGAAAUAAGUUUGAACCUGCUUUGGUUGAAAGAACAGAGCCGGACAAAGGUUAACAACCAGCAAUACGACCCUGUGGUAGUAGAAAGGAAGCAUCAAGCAGCUAUUUCUGAUUAAAUCCUUAGUAAAUAAAGUAACUAAAGAUGGCUCUCAACCAAUAAUCCAAAUCUGAGCUUCAAAACAAACACACACCUUUGAAGAAGUUCCAGUUGGGAUCCAAAUUCUGUAGCCUGGACCCAUUUUAAAUGAUCUCUGCUUUCAUUAGUUAAGGGGAAAAUUCCCAUAGACACAGGAUCAGCUAUUUAAUCCUCUUUAUUUUUGCACUCUUGUCAGUGGAGUCAUCAGAGUGUGUUUUCACAGAUCUCUUGGCAAGGCAGUUUAAGUGCUGUUAGAGAGAAAGAGAGAGAGCUUAAACUUCCAGUAUUCCUUCCCAUUGUCAUCACAGUAACCUCAUGACCUAUUGAUGCAUUCUUGGUGUUGUCUCCAGGAGCUGAAGCAGGGAAAGGAGUGAUGGAUGAUUGGUUCCUUACUGCUGAAGCUAACACCAAGAUAGUAUGGAGUCAAGACAAAUAUGUAUUGGUGGGAUUUUUUGUGGUUGAUUCUCUACCAGGGACUGGCAACUUCUUGACUUGCUAGAAAGUUUACAACCUUUCACUUCCUUGGUUUCACAUUAAAUGCCUUUUUCUUAGAGUUACCCCUGGCACAAAUGGAAAGGGUGCAUUAGUUCAUGAAAACUGUCUGAAGUGCUUGCAAGGGCAGUAAGGGGAUAUGUCCCAAGCACUUACAGGUCUGUGUCAGAUUUCAGAGGUUUUUAAGAUGCAAUGUAGAUUUGGGGUUAUCAUUUUGGAGAUUGAGUCUGGUCAAUGUGUUCUGCAGCACUUAGGCUGUUCCAGGCCUUAGCAAAAGACUUCCUUGCUGGAAAAGACAUACCUAAAGAUCAGUAAUUUGCUGCCUCUCAGCCCAGCUUUUGCCUGCUGCACUUGCAAAGUAGACACUUCCCCCACUUCUGACAAGCACAAAUCUAACAUGACAUCUUACUUGCCAGGUUCCCAAACCUUUGAACUCUGGCAAAAUUUGCAGUUGCAUGUUAUAUUGUGAGUUUUCCUCUGCAGCUCAAACAGAAGAAAACUGUCUGGGAGGCAGCAAAGUUGCCUAAGAAAUGCAAAGAGCUUUCUGUGAAUGUCAUUCAUAUUGCACUACUUUAUGGAUCUUGUGUCUGCUAAUUUGUUGGAAAACCUUUCAGUAAGAGAAGUCCCUCUUCAAAAUCAUCCUAUGCUUCCCCUGCUACCCUCUCUGGUUUGGGACAGAGAGAAGCAGAGACAACUCCAUUAGGGCCUAAACCAGCAGCGACCAAUGUUAAAAGCAAAAUCAUCUUGACCUCAGCAUUGUAGGAUGAGAUUCUAGAGCACCAUUAGCACAGUGGCACUGGGUGCAAUACCCAGACUGUGACCAUUAUGCCAACAUCUGUUGUUUGCUUGAGUCUCUAAAGUUGUUACUUAAGUCCUGCUUUUAAGAAAGAGAAUGCAAAUCAUGUUUUUCUUUUUUUGUUCUGUAUUACUCUUUCAUCACAUCAACCCUGGCCAACAUGGCAAACCAAGCAAAAGCACUGUCAUGCUUUAUAGCAAAUAUAAGGGGUUAAUAAAUUAUUAAUAUGGUUUUAAGUAGGUCAAGCCAUUGUUUGAGAAGCCAAUGGCUCAGUCAAAUCAAAGGCUGUCUUGAGCCUCAGAGCGCCUUUGGCUGGCAGGGUAACAGCACAUCACUUUCUGCAGGCCAACAGCACACAAGGAAGCAAAAGGCCAAAAUGACCAGGUGCCCAGUUACAGCUGGGUGAGGAGCCAGAACAAUGUAGAUGUUAGGGCAUCUUUAACUACUGAACCAGCACACCUGUUCAAGCAGGUCAGAAGGUCACUAUUACAAUGGCUUAUACCCUUCUUUAUCAUAUAGGGACUCUCUGAAUAAAUGGUUAUUUGAACAAAGGGCCUGGGAAGCUCCUCCAAGUCCUGUGUUCCUGUUAUUUGUGCCUGUAACAAACGCAUAACAACUAUUAAUCACUUAUUAACCCUUUUUGAAGAAUUAGAAAGUGUGAGUGAAACCUCAUAAACCAGGGGAGAAAUAUGUUCACACUGCUCUUACAGGUGACCUGCAAUAUUCUUAUCAUGGGAGAAGAGUGAUCACUAGAAACACUGGUCUGUUACAAAAUUUCCUGUCUUGGUACUUUCAGGAUCAAGCAAAAGCCUCCACCCUGGGGUUACAUAACUCUCCUUUCAUCUUAAAUCAAAUGAACGGUGCUUAAAACAGACUUGUGUGCGUGUGUUUGUGUAAAUAUUUUACAACGCUGAGUGGAUGUGUGGAGCUUUUUUACAUUCAGUAUUUUCAAUUGUGGUUUACAGCGUGAUGCUCCCAAGAAAAUGUUCAAACCCACAAAGCAACUUCUGUCUGCGAGAGGGCCGUGCUCAUGUCCUGCACUGCGAGACGGCCAUGCUCUUAUUCUGCACACUGGCUAGGUGGAGUUCUCAAUUUCUUUUUUAUGUGUAUAGGGGAAAUUACAGCAUGGACUCAGGGACAAACAAGUGUAUUGGGAUUGUGAAAAGUGCGUAGUUUGGAACCGUUUGAUUCUGAUGCGUUUGGGUUUUUUUGUGAGGUUAUUGAGUACUAAUCUGCAUGUCCUGACUCAGUUAAACUUGGCAGAAUUCCUUUUAGUUUCUUUGCACAAUCUGAGCAAAAGGCUCUGCUAGCAGCUGCUGCCUUUUUGGAAAAGGAACAGGUUUGGAUUGGUAUUAGCAUAACUGUAUCAGAGGCUGAGAGUUAGCGGCAGCCAUGUUCUGCUAAGUGUCCACCUAGUAGUAGUCCUGCUUCAUUUACGUGGGCUGAUUCGCAUGGAAAUCACUGAAGCAUAGCUUCCUCCUCUUGUAGGACUGAGUUAGUGUAAAUUGCUAUCCGUGUAUUUUAAGCAAUAUGUUUGACAGGGCAUCAAAGCCCCUGGGAGUCGUGAGCAGGUAGCCAUGGGCUCAGAGCUGUGGUUCUGAGUCAGGCCCCCUCCACUUCUCUGAAUGUGGCACCACUCCCAGUUGAGAACCAUCAUUGUGCUCAGCUGACCUCAGUCGUUCCUAAUCAGGUGCUGCUGCCUCCAGGUAAAGCCGCCCUGUGCACCUCCUGUAGAGCCAGACUAGGGCUGUGGCACAUGUGCACGCUCCUCCUGUAGUAAGGUUCUCUGAUCAGGCAGGAGAGCUGGUUCAUAGUCCAGGCCUCUCCACUGACCCUGCAUGGUGUCUCCUGGAAACAAGCGCACAGGACAGGGGCAACUGUCCUGCAUGCCUGUUUCCAGGAGCAAUGUUCUGGAUUGAGAACAUGACCAGAAAGAGCUGAAGACUUGAGGCAACUCUCCUGCCUGCUUUAGGCUAAAAGGGAGCAUGUGGGACAGUUUUACCUAGCCAUAGCAGCAGUAGCACUUGUCUCACAGCACCCCUAGGAAAGAAGGGGUUUCUCAAAACACCCCAGUUGAGAACCACUGGCUCAGAGAGAGAGCUGAGAAUACACCCAUGUUUCACAGUGACCACAGCUGAACCUAGCUUUUGCUUUCUUCUUGAGUCAAUGGGAGCAGGGUAGGGUGUGACUGGUGCAAAAUGACUUGGAAUUAGCCAGGUGGGAUGAAAAAUGGGAACAGUAGGGGAGGAGGCACCACAGCUGUUGUUUGUUCUGGAAGGAGUAUUACUACUUUUGUUUCUUUCAGUUUUGUAAAAAUUGCAUGGUGGAAAAGAAGGGCAGCCCUUUACUGAAAAAAAUAAGUAUUCUUGGCUCAGAUUUUCUUAUCUGGACAGGGCUGCAGACACCACAGGCACAGACAAGAUAAAAAUAAUUUCCUAAAAGGUCACAGGAGACAAGGCAGGCUUGGGGGCUUGGGGGGGGGGGGCAAGAGUUUUGGAGUGCCCUCCUGUUACUUCUCUGACCAUGUAGCAUUUAAGUGGAAACAGUAACGCCCCUCUCCCCAGCUCUAUGUUUUCUGCUAAGUUCCCCUUCAUGGAAUCUGGAGUCAGAAGGGAUGUAGGAGUGCAGGGUCUGUGAAUGAAUGAUCCUGGCUUCUCAGAGUCCCCCCUCUCCCCCCGACCCAACUCUGACUGGCAUGGGAUUGGAGGUAAAUCCUUUCAUCUUUAGUGAUUUGGGGAAUCUUUUCAAGGGGAUCCUCAAGGAGAAUGCCAUCCCAUCUCCUACCCUUCUCCAAACACAUUGCUUUUAUUGUGUGUGGGGACAGUCUGCUCCUAUUACAAGGCAAUGCAGUGUUGCUUACAGGCCUGCGCCUUGGCCCCCUGAAGUAAGUUUUCUUCAGUAGGGGCAGAAUCAGCCAUUCAACAUCCAAUACAAAACCAGAAGCAAUACCACCCUUUUAUUUUAAAACACAUGUUGGGGCCCACUUGAAAGUAUGUAUUCCACCACACUGUGAGUAGCACACUUUCUAAUGCAGCUUAGUGAGUUGAUCUUGCUCCAUGUGGUGAAUUCAAAAAAAGGUCAGAGACAUUACAGCCACUGAGCUCUAGACUACAGCUAUGGGACCAGGUUAAUAUUCAUUUAGAUACAACAGAAUCUGUAUACUGCAUUUUGGCCAGGUUCCUCUUGCAUUUAAAGGGUGAUGAAAAUUGGUUGCUGGGAGAGGAUGCGAGUGCUGUGGAAGGCAUCCCCUUUAACAAAAAUACCCUGGAAAUGGAGAAGAUCUGUGCUUUUCAGUUAUUGAAGAAGUCACUUAAAAAGAUAUUACAGCUAUUUGUAUUAUUCAAAAUGAAAUCUGGCUACUAUAGAAUGUAGCUAAAAAACAGGAUGUGUGCCAGAGAAUGAUUCUUAAAAUUUUCAUAAGCACCACACUACAACAGAAAAAAGAGUCACCUCUUUCCCUCCUACCCUGGACUUGAAAUGCAACUUGUUUGCUCCUGGUUUGUAACAGAAGACACCUCGUGUGUCCGGCUGGUGCACCCAUUCCCAGUUCGGAAUGCAAGCUUGCUUUUUGGCAUAGAACAGUAAUGGAAAAUAGUAUUAUGUUACUACUACCAACUGAUGAUUCAUCCCAUUUUCUAUUCAGCCUCUCCCUCUUAUCUUUAAAUGUUUGUAAUCAGUAGAUUAAUAAUUAUUAGCUGUGUAGGUAUUGGGGGUCAUUACAGUGCUUCUAUCUCCAAGGAACACUUAAACAAACAAAAACAUGUCUUUAGGGACAGUAUAAACCCAGUUCUUCUUUCUCACCAUUUUUAAUUCCAGUGACCUCACUGGAGUUACUCCAGCCAAUUUGAUCCCAAAAUAAGAGCAAGGUAAGGCACACCAUAAUAUUUACUUGAGGUUCAGGUGCAUCACUGGUCCCUGUAGAAGACAGAUUAUUAUACAAAAAACAAUGUCUCAAACAAGGCUUCAUUUCAUGUCAGCCUUGACCAAUUGGAAGAGAAGUUAAACCAAUUCCAUUCUGUGUUUAGAACUGGUUCUGGAGCCACAGGGAAGACAGACAAGGGCAAAUUGGGUAUAUUCUCCUCCGUCCAUUCCUUUGGACCUGUUCUUUAGGAUUUUUUGAGCUGCCAAAGGUGCAGCCACUUUUGAAUAUUUUUGGUGACCCAUAGUCCAGGCUCUUAUUCUGCUGAAGUGAAAGGAAUUUUAUUAACAGGCAUAAGAUAGAGAAGAUUAAAGAACUGGUGGGAAAGGCUUUGGUGUCUCUAUUAUAUCACUUGUGUUUUCCUUUGUGUGAGAAUUGUGAACUUGCCCAAUUUAAGAGGAUACUGCCUCUUCCUUUUGUUCUGCCAAGAGAAAGCAGCCUGGAACUUGGAACACGCAACAUCUGACUGCUUCUUGAGCUUAUAACAAAGGGUUACCGCAAUCUUGACUAUCAAAAAUAAGGGCCAGAGGCCUAAUGUUGCCUCUGAGUUUUUGUGCCCUGCUCUGGGGCAGAAGCAAAAACUUUUUUGAAACAGUUGGUUCAUGGAAUUAAUAAUAAUGCAUUUUCCUUAAAAAGAUGACUGUGAAAGAAUAAACAGUUCCAUUUGAUACCUAAGAUGAUUCUUAGUAUGCCAUGUACCCUCUUUGCUUAGUAAACAAGUACAGUUUCAAGUUCUUACCAUCUUUAAUCCACUGUUUACAAGGUGAAACAGGAUGCCAGUUAUCUAUCACCUGAUGAAACUUUAAGGCUGUACACCUAUCUAAACCGCUUGGUCAAAACCAGAAUCCCCAAUAGUAGGCCUGGUCUGGUAGACACUUAGGACAUGUUCAUUUCACUGAUACAAUUCAGCAGAUGUUGCCUCUCUGUCCUUGUGUCUACAACUAGCAACCCUUCUUUCAGUAGGCACCUGCUUUGAAUUACUGUUACAAUAACUGCUAUUGCCACUGCUCAGUCUUCCAUCAUGGCAACUCAUCAGAGACUGAAUGAAAUCCUAGCUCCUUUGAAGCCAAUGGCAACACUCCCCCUGAUUUCAACUGAGCAGUAUUCCACUUUCCACCUACAUGGGGUGGGAUAUCUUACUCUUUGUAAGUGGAGGAAACCCCUCCUCCCCAACAGUAUGUAAAUUGAAAACUGGUCUCACAGGAGAAGAAACCUAAAGCAUCUUUGACUUUCCACAUUCACCUUGCCUACAAACUGAGGUGCAAAACUGACAAACUAUUUUAAACAUAAUUCUUACUGCGAACAACAUUUGUUCUCAGUUUUGUUAUUUAAAAAUAGCUUUUGCAGCUCUGGAGAUUAGGGAACAGUUCAUACUGUAAUAGCAACAUUGUAAUGUCUUUUCUACUGUAUCAUAACUAUAAUGUAGCAUUUGAGUGUUGCAAUAUUUUAUUUGUAUAUAUCAAUCCCCACAACUAGGUAUUCCACUUGUGAUACUCAUCUAUAUGCAUUAUACCUCCUCAUACUGUAUUGAUUGUGUAUGUGCCUUUCACCAUUUUGCAUGGUUUAGUAUCUUUUUAAAACAGCUGCAGAACUUGAAAAAAUUAGGGAACUAGAGUUAAAGUCCUAUGCAAAAGAGAACUGGGAAUUUAAUUGAAAAAUCCUGCAUAUGUACACUGUUCUGGGGAAAAAAAUCUAGUGCUGGGAUUUUCAAGAGCCAGACAGAAUUAGGCCCCCACAUCCCAAUAUUUUGAAUCUACAAGAUUUAGGUAUCCUUUGAAAACCCCAGCUUAAAAUCUGAUUUCUCACCACUUUGUGAGCGAAAACAUCAUAGUAAGAAGACAUAAUUACCACCAGCACUUUGCCAAAAUAGACUGUAUGUUGAAUAUCCAUUUUUUUCUUUCAAAGGUUUGUCUAAAGAAAAAGUGCUAUUUGGUUUGAAAGGGUUGCCUUAAAAACCUUUUAAAAAUGAGUUUGAGAACUAUUUUCUGAUUUGCUCACCUCUUUCCCCUUUCCUUCACACCACCACUCUGAAGAAUAGCAAAUGGCAUGUUUGUGUGUAGUUGGCUUGUUUAGAAUACAAAUAUUCUAGGAACAAUAAACCCCAAAAGAUCAAGCAGAUACAGAAUCACUAGGAGUUUAUCAGCUCCAUUCUGUCAAGGAGUUGAUUUACAUGUGAGAAUCUAUUGUAUGCCUUACAAUAGCAGAACAGCUUUUAAAAUAGGGGUUUUGAGUAGACAAGAGCCCCACAUUUUCUACAUCACUUAUACUGUAGAACUGAAACCUAGUUCAAAACAAAGCUAACAAAAAAAUCCUCGUUGUGUGUUACAUGUUAAAGCAAUGUAAGUAAGCCUAGUAGAAAGAGGGAGUCUAUUUCUUGUAGGACAUUGUUUAAACAUUUGCAAUGUGUUCAUGGACUGAAGGAUAUGACUGCCUGGAACAUGUUAUGUGGUGUGCCUGUGUGUAUGUAAUAUGGUUUUGGUUGUUAGAUUGUAAUGCUGUCCUUUGACUGAAAAAAAAAUCUAAUAUAAAAAGGAAAGAACACAGAAAUAAAAAUAUAUUUAAAGCCUA